AUGGCUACUUUUAUUAGAAAAUUUCGUUAUCAAACAGUACUUUCAAGUUUACUUCAACAAAAUAGACUCCCAGCUACAAUUGUAACUUACCGUUUCUCAAGUUCUAGUAUUAUUAAAUAUAAAUCAUAUGCAACAGAAGUUGGUCGAUCAGAUAGUGAAGAUAUUCAUCCUCGCUUUUCAGAUACUGCUGAUAAUAAUAACAAAACAUCUAUGAACACUAAUAACGCUGAUGAGGCUACUGAUAUCUUGUUAGCUCCAGUUGAUCCAAAUGAUGUUGAAUGUAAACCUGAUGGUAUAAUUUAUUUGCCUGAAAUUAAGUAUCGUCGUAUAUUGAAUAAAGCAUUUGGACCAGGAGGUUGGGGAUUGGCACCAAGAGGUGAUAAUUCAGUUAGUCCUAGAAUAAUCUCUCGUGAAUAUGCUUUAGUAUGUCAUGGAAGACUUGUUUCCAUUGCUCGUGGUGAAUGUGAAUAUUUUGAUCCUUCAGGUUUAGCUACAGCAGCUGAAGGUGCUAAAAGCAAUGCAUUAAUGAGAUGUUGUAAAGAUCUGGGAUAUUGUGAGGACGUGUUUGUAGAACAUGUUGUAACAACAAAGAGAAGAAAGCAUUGGAAGAGAAAAGAUGCACCUGUAGAUUAUCCAUUUAAAAUUGUCAAUUGA